UUACCAAAACAAGCCAGCCGACGCAAUCCUUUAAAAUUUUCCUAUUUUUCCAUAAAAAUAGAAGACUAUGGUUCAAAAACACCUCGAAUACUGUUGAUUUGAGAAUCUCCGAGACGAGCUGGCAAUAAAUUACGAUUGAAAAGAGAGGAAAUUAAAGAAUUUAGACAAAAAUGGCAACGACACCGAAACAAAGGAAGCAAAUUUACAAAUAUAACGCUCCAUGGGAUCUUUACAGCAUGAAUUGGAGUUUGCGUCCUGAUAAGAGAUUCAGAUUAGCUCUUGGUUCGUUCAUGGAGGAGUACAGCAAUAAGGUGCAAAUUGUGAGUUUGGACGAGGAAACGAGCGAAUUCACGGCAAAGGGAACGUUCGAACAUCCGUAUCCAACGACAAAAAUCAUGUUCAUUCCCGACACAAAAGGCAUUUUUCCGGAUUUAUUGGCGACAAGCGGUGAUUAUUUGCGUGUUUGGCGCAGUACGACAAACAACGAUUCCGAUAUUCGUUUGGAAGUUGUCUUGAACAACAACAAAAACAGCGAUUUUUGUGCGCCGCUCACGAGUUUCGACUGGAAUGAGGUCGAUCACAAUUUAAUCGGGACCUGUUCAAUCGAUACAACUUGUACGAUCUGGAACUUAGAAAUGGGACAAGCAAUCGGGCGAGUAAAUGCUGUUGCUGGGCAUGUUCGAACGCAACUUAUUGCGCACGACAAGGAAGUUUAUGACAUUGCAUUUUCCCGCGCGGGCGGAGGUCGAGAUAUGUUUGCGAGUGUCGGCGCCGAUGGAUCCGUGCGAAUGUUCGAUUUGCGUCAUUUGGAGCAUUCGACGAUAAUUUACGAAGAUCCGCAACAUACGCCGCUCCUGAGACUUUCGUGGAACAAACAAGAUCCAAAUUACUUGGCAACAAUUUCCAUGAACUCGUCUGAAGUGAUAAUCAUCGAUGUUCGUGUCCCAUGUACGCCCGUGGCGCGAUUAACGAAUCACAAGGCGCCCGUUAAUGGAAUUGCUUGGGCGCCGCAUAGCUCGUGUCACAUUUGUACGGCAGGCGACGAUCAUCAGGCACUGAUUUGGGAUAUUCAGCAAAUGCCGCGCAGUAUUGAGGACCCGAUUUUGGCGUAUACCGCAGCGGAAGGCGAAGUUAAUCAGAUUCAAUGGGGAGCGCUGCAGCCAGACUGGAUUGCGAUUUGUUACAACAAGUCGUGCGAGAUAUUAAGAGUUUAAUUUUUUUUUGCAAUUUCUUCAAUAGUAGCAGUGUGGAGUUACCAUCAUCCUAAUUUUUUUAUUCCUCGUGUUCUUAAAAAAAAUAAUUUUUAAGUUUUGACCGUCCCUUGAGUCUAAAUAGAGAAAAAAAAAUACAUAAACAGAAAUUAAAAAGACUGUUUAGAAAAGAAGAAAAAUUUUUACCAGUUUUGACAAGAAUUUGUAC